AUGGUCAGGGUGUGGUUCGAGCUCGUUGAUCGCCAAGGUGGCCAGGUGGCCACGCUAAGAUAUGUGGAUCUAGCGCCAGAUACCCCGCUUGCCGUGUUCAAGAAUGCUGCCCGCGGUGCUGCCGAAGCUGUACUCCCCACAGAGCUCGACACACCCGACCUUAAAGUGUUUGCCAACGCGAAGGCGCGGCAAGACCAGACGCUUUUGGAGGAGCUGAAUGGCUCGGCCCCUAUCCCGGAGACUGCCACCGUCGAGCGUCUACUAGUUGCUCUGAAGAAGAGGUUCAAUGACAAUUACCUCGAUGGGGUUGAUGUCUUCAAUCUCCACGCGUACGACCACGAGAGGAACCCGUUGGAGGAGACAGCGCAGCUUGGUCUGUUCGGUCUCACAAGGAGCACCGCGAUCAUCGUAGAAGUCCCAGCGCGCACAAGAUUCCGAGAGGAGACAGAGCGAGAACUUGACGAGGUCGCGAGGAAACGGCGCAAGAGUGAUCCUGUUACGAAGUGGAAAUGGAAAGAGGAGGAGGAUCCAGUCUACAGUCUUGAUGAAGGCACAUUGUAUUUCGUAAACCGUGAUCGCGCCACUCGAGAGCUGGUACGCCUUCACAAAAGCAAUUACAACCGUGCAAAGCGCGGUUACGGCGACGUGUGGAUGAUUCCUUUGCUGGACAACAUAUCUGGGAUCGGAAAGUCGCAGUUCGGCCGGGAAUACAUUCGGAGUUGCCGACGGCAAUGGGAUGGUUUACCAGCAUCGGAUACAGAUGGUGACUUUCUGAACAUUAUACGUCAGAGCCACACCAUUGUUGCCAAUUUUUCUCUGGAGCAUAUACUGCGUGAAGACAUGAGCUUUGACAUGGAGAAGGCUCGCGGGAGUUUCGUUACAUCCAUUCGCGCAUUCUUCGUGGAAAACUAUGGCACCACACCCCGUGCUCUCGGUUCGAUUGAAGCAAACCCAGAUCACGUGGAUAUUUUGAUGAAAUUAGCGAUCGAGGCUGGUCCAUUGUUCAUCGUGAUUGAUGAUAUUGCUUCGGCUUUUGAUGUCCCCACCCUUGAUGUUCCCGCCAAGGAAGAUCGAUUCCUGGAAUUCUGCCAGGUGGUUUUGAGGCCGCUGUUUUGUGUGAAACAUUUAUUUUUCCUGGUUGUGGGACGCGCGCCCUUCCUAAACUAUCUUUCUUCGAGUGCCAGGCUGUACCAAAGUGGAAGCUAUUUUACGUUUCGACGACUGAGUCUUUGUUUCCUUCGACCGCCUGAGAUUCAAGAGAUCAUCAAGAAAACCUAUUUACUGAGUCUUUGUUUCCUUCGACCGCCUGAGAUUCAAGAGAUCAUCAAGAAAACCUAUUGGGACAAGAAACAGGUGAAGACUGUCCAGGAGCAGUUUAAACUUGAUGAAAGCCAAGUGAAGGAUGUUGCUGAACAUCUUUGCAAGACAACGUUUGGGCAUCCGCGAUCUUUACUUGCUGCCUUCCGCACCUGCCACUCCUACCAACAGCUCGUGAAGUAUGAGAUGCCUCGCGAAUCGGACAAGAACUGGGAACGCCAAAAUGUGCAGUGGAUAACACAAAAAAAGUCGCUGGACUUGUCAAAGGUUUGGAAAGAUCAGCGAGGCGAAGUAUCGUACAUCGACACCGCCGACAUGUUUGGUAUUGAGUGGGCCGGCAACCUGAAUGAUGCUGAGCUGUUUAUGCCGCCGUAUAUUCAACACGCAAUUUUAAGCUCUGUCUCCUCGAUCCAGAAGCUGCUAGAGAUUGCUACGAUUGAGGUUGGUCACGACUAG